AUGACAUUGAACCUUCUCUACCCCUUCUUCUUUCCUUCAAAAUUUCCCCGAAGGAUCUCGUUUCCAUCGUCUUCGACUGUCCCGCAGUUCUGGACUUGGUGUUUCUCAAGAAAUGGAAGAGCUGUUGAUUUAUUGAAACGUUUUGGGAUUAGUGAUGCUGCCGUGAUUAGGGUUUUAGAGGAUUACCCUGAAAUAGUGUUCACAAACGAGGAAGAAAUUUUGCGAACGAUUGAAUUUCUGAUGGGAAUUGGAAUUCGAAGGGAUGAAAUUGAUCGGGUCAUUUGCUCGAUUCCCAGAGUUUUAGGGUUUAGGGUUGAGGGCAGAUUGAGGAGUUUGAUUUGUGAGUUCAACGGUUUGGGGUUUGAUCAAAACGUGAUUGCUAGAGAAAUUGUUAGGGAACCGAGAACUUUAGCCACAGAAUUAGGAGAAAUUUCAAGAUGUGUCGAGUUGCUUAGAAAUCUGAAAUGCAGGAACUCAAUCAAGGAGAGAAUCUUUAGAGAGGGUUCUUUUAGAGCUGCAUUUGAAGUGAAACAGAGAGUUGAUUGUUUAUGUAAACAUGGGCUGAUUCGUACAAGAGCAUUUAAAUUGCUAUGGAAAGAGCCGAGGUUGGUCACUUACGAAAUAGAGAACAUUGAAAAGAAAAUUGACUUCUUGAUUCAUAAGAUGAAAUUUGGUGUUGACAGCUUGAUUGAUGUUCCAGAAUAUCUAGGAAUCAAUUUCGAAAAACAGAUUGUUCCGCGCUACAAUGUGAUCGAAUAUUUGGACUCAAAAGGCUGGCUUGGUUCUCAGGUUGGUUUGAGGGAAAUUAUCAAGCCUAGCAGGCUCAGGUUCUACAACCUUUUUGUUAAGCCUUAUCCACAAUGUGGGAAGAUGUUUGGAAAAUUUGCGGGAGAUAACAGAACGGAGAGUCCGAGUCGGCAUCCUCUUGGACUAUGGAAGGCCUUCAAACCACCAAGACAUCCAGAAUCAAAAGAGGACAUUGAAAACAUGAAGUCCUUCAUGGAAUCUCUUGUUUAGUGAAAGCUUGGUAAAAUUGAAGAAGAAAGGGAUCAUCUGGUAUUGGAAAGGAAAGGCAGCAAAUCAAGCUGUAUAUGUGAAUACUCACUCAAAAGCUCUUAAGCAAAUGAGGGAACCCGAGUGACAUCUUGUUCGAAUUUUACACUGUGCAAACUGUCCUAACAAGACAGGCUUGGCAAGAGCAACAUGAGAAGAACCUUUUGGACAAUGGGGAGUUGAGAUAUAGGACCUAAUUGCCAAAGGGCUCUGAUGCUGUAGAAAACGAUGGAGUCUGAACUUUGGUUUUGUUAAUCUCCCCAUUAUUAGAAGUAAAUGAAUUCGAGUUUUCUUAAGCUCAUGGCUUCCUCACGAUGUUUGUUGCUGUCAGAUAUUGUAACACACAGUAGCAACCCAUCGAUCCAAUGCACAAAAUUGAGAGAAUGGGGUUGGGAUGUAUGAUCAAACCUGGUAAGUCGAACCACGUCCUAGAAGGAUUGUUUGAGCUUUGAAUCUACUUGUUCAAGCAUGCUGGUAGAAAUGUGGUUUUGAUUUCAUUUGUUCAAACAUGCUGAUAGUGAUAGAAAUAAGUUUGACAUCAUCCAUUUUUGUUGAAGAUCCAUUGUUUUCACAAAAGUUAGUUUAAACUAUAAACUUGAAUAUCUUUGGAUCCAACCCUUAGCUUGAAAAAGUAAUCAAAUCAAUCUUUCUGACCCUCUUCACCGUUCAACAUAUUCAGGAGAUCAAUGUUAGAAAGUCUGAGUUUAGAGUGCA